AUGGAAAAGUUUUUUAUUACAUAUAUCAACGCUGUAACUGUCUUGUACAAGAGAGUAGAAUCCGGAGACUGGACAAAUGACAGAGAAAUGGAAAUACAUAAUUUUCAGGAAACACUUGGGAGGGCAUUAAAGCUUGUACCUAUAACUGAUGAGCGCUUCAAUAUUCUUAGCGGGCUUGGAACCGGAGAAGAUUUGAAGAAACGAGCAAGUUCUGCAAGUGCAGAACGAAAGGGUUCUUUCAAACGUGCACGCCGGCCUGAUUUUUCGGUUAUUGUUAAGAUUAAAAAUGAACAUGUUGAAAUUGGAUACCUUGAAACGGAACGACCGGAUUCUACCGCUGAAAAACAAUUGCAAGAUCAUAAAAAACUCAACCGUCUUUCGAAGGAUUCUAUCGAUGCUUUUCUUAAAAGGAAACAAGUGUUCAUGUGUGCAUAA